UCCACAGCAUCACCUAUGAAAUGGAUCGCGUGCCCCACUUCAUCACGGAGGCGCGCUGCUCCCUGCAAGGCUGCCUGAACAGCCACGGCAUCGAGGACCGCAGUCUAAAGUCGGAGCCCAUCUGGUUCCAGACACUUUUCCUGCGGAGGGUGAAGAACCCCACGGACAAGAAAUACCACUACCGCCUCGAGUCCAAGCUCAUCACCGUGGGCUGCACCUGUGUACGACCCAGCAUCGUCUACCAGCAGUGAUCCAGGAAGAACACGCAGGCUAGCACACACACACAUGCACUGAUCCACGCACACACACAUAAACACCGGCACUGAUCCAAGCACCCACACACGAGCAGACACAGACACAGACACAGACACACGGAUACAAGCACAUACACACACACAUACACAAUCACGAAUACAUUGCCAACA